AUGCGAGUACCACUGUGUGAAUUGGGUCAAUUUGACGAAAGAUGUGGGUUAAAUUCGGUUGUGGCCGCAGAAAGUACAAAUACAAGAUUAACAAUAAAACAACAACUUUCCUUGUACAUACUUAAAGUUAAACCGAAAACGAAAUUUCAAGAUUUUUGGAAAGAAUUUUCAACCGAAUUACCGAACUUAACAAAAUUAGUUCAACGCUAUAAUGCGGUACCAGCCACAUCUGCACUGUAA